AGUAUGCUCUCUGCAGUCGCUUCCGUCCACAGAAGGAAACAGCAGCAUGGCUCCUGUCUCAGAUACACUCGGAGUUUGGUUUAUACUUCAAUAAUAAUCUUCCAGUAGACGUCUAGAGUUUAGCUGGAAGUUUUGGCUACAAUACAAACAGUGAUGGAAAACACAUGAGCAGUAACAAGCUUUAAUCUUGCUUCUCGGCACUCACUUGGGCUAAUCUGUGGAAGCAGCUCACCCAGGGGCAGCCCCUCGGUCCUCUGCACAUGUCCUUGCAGAGGACAUGAGACAUCCCUGCAGGGAAGCAGUUCUCGCUGGGAAACUCGACUUUCAUGAGGACUUGCUCUCUCCUUACAAGUCUUAGACUGGCCCUGUACACAAGACAACAUGAAGGAGUAUGUGCUCCUAGUUUUCUUGGCUUUGUGCUCUGCCAAACCUUUAUUUCGCCCUUCAUACAUGACGCUGAAGAAUGUGAUGCUGAAGGACAUGGAAGAUGAAGGUGACGCUGAUGUUGACAACUCUCUUUUUCCAACAAGAGAGCCAAUUAACCCCUUCUUCUCAUUCGAUCUGUUUUCAACAUGUCCGUUUGGAUGCCAGUGCUACUCAAGAGUUGUACACUGUUCUGAUCUAGGCUUGCCCUCUGUCCCGAGAAACAUUCCAUUGGAUACUCGAAUGGUUGACCUUCAAAACAAUAAAAUUAAGGAAAUCAAAGAAAAUGACUUUAAAGGACUCACUUCACUUUAUGCUUUGAUCCUGAACAACAACAAGCUAACCAAGAUACACCCCAAAGCCUUUCAAACCACAAAGAAGUUGAGAAGAUUAUAUCUGUCCCACAAUCAACUAAAUGAAAUACCACUUAACCUUCCUAAAUCAUUAGCAGAACUCAGAAUUCAUGAUAAUAAGGUUAAGAAAAUACAAAAGGAAACAUUCAAAGGAAUGAAUGCUUUACAUGUUCUGGAAAUGAGCGCAAACCCUCUCGACAGCAAUGGCAUUGAGCCGGGGGCGUUUGAAGGGCUGACAGUGUUCCAUGUCCGAAUCGCAGAAGCAAAACUGACCUCAAUUCCUAAAGAGCUACCAUCAACUUUAUUAGAGCUUCAUUUAGAUUAUAAUAAAAUUUCAAAAGUGGAACUUGAGGAUUUUAAACGAUACAAAGAUCUGCAAAGGCUUGGCCUAGGAAACAACAGAAUCACAGAUAUUGAAAAUGGGAGUCUUGCUAACAUACCACGCAUAAGAGAAAUACAUCUGGAACACAAUAAACUAAAAAAAAUCCCUUCAGGAUUACAGGAGUUGAAAUACCUCCAGAUAAUCUUCCUUCAUUCGAAUUCAAUUACGAAAGUGGGAGUGAAUGAUUUCUGCCCAACAGUGCCAAAGAUGAAGAAAUCUUUAUACAGUGCAAUAAGUUUAUUCAAGAACCCGAUGAAGUACUGGGAAGUGCAACCAGCAACAUUUCGUUGUGUUUUGAGUAGAAUGAGUGUUCAGCUUGGGAACUUCAGAAAGUAGUAAUUAGCCAUGAAUAAUGUCCAUUUAAUAUAAAAUUUAAAAGCUGUUAAACUUAGGAUACUUGAGCUCUAUUAGUAAUGGUGGUAUUAUGCUCAGAAGCAAAAAUCUAUUCCCUUGUGGUACAUCCAGUGACUUGACUUUAGGACAAAAAAUUUCAUCAGAAUUUUGCAAAACUAUUGAUACAUCUAAAUUAAGAGAAACAGCAUCAAUUGCAGUUUUCUUAUGCACACAAAUGAUUUUGCAUAAAUCUCAUGCUUGAAUAUUCUUUCUAAAAAAAAAGAACAUUCAGUAUUUAACACUUUAUUAUCAAGUAUAUUUUAAAAAGAACUGUACUAUAAAUGGAAUGCCUGACGUAGCAAAAUCUGUACUAUUUCAUUUGUUAAAAAAACCCCACAAAAUUAACAAGCACAGUGAUAUGAAUAAUACAGUAUACUAUUUCCAUUCUUUCUUUAAUAACUUGGGUAGUACUGUAAUAUUUCCAAUAAUGGUAAAGUAUGGGUUGAUAUCAUGUAUUCAACUUCUCAUGUCUUAGAGUCUUACUGUCUUUAUGUUUAAAACUAAUCCUUUCUAAUAAAAUUGUCAGUAAGUGCAUAUGA